AUGUUUCGCGUGCCAUGUAAAUGGAAUUCUUUCAGACAGCGUUACGUUGGCGGAUCGAAAAGUCAAGGACGGCUGUUUUACGAAAGGGUUCACUCUAAAGCCUACUUUCGAAAAAUGAAGGGGAGUAAGCAGAAAGUAGGUCAUAUCUCGACUGUGAACCGACCCAGCGAAGGACUAAAAGACCACCGCACCGUUCUUCCUCAUUUCCUCUACAUAGCCCAAGGCACUAGUUUUACUCCCGGUACACUCUUCGCUACAAGAUCUCGCACAAGAACAGAACUUUCUCUCAAGGAUCUAGGCAAGCGAGUUCUACCACAUCCGAGCCGUUUCGCUCGAAAGAACAAAUGCGGCUAA